CAAAAUAGCCAGGGCAGAGGCCUAUAUAGGUGGCUAUCCCACCACCAGACGCACUGCCCGACAGGACCUCCCACCAGCCCGGCCUCUCACUGCAGGUUCCAGCCCCCCUCCCCCACCGAGUUGCAGGAUGUCGAUGACAGACUUGCUCAGCGUUGAGGACAUCAAGAAGGCGGUGGGGGCCUUUGCCGCCGCCGAGUCCUUCGACCACAAGAAGUUCUUCCAGAUGGUGGGCCUGAAGAAGAAGAGCCCGGAGGACGUGAAGAAGGUGUUCCACAUCCUGGACAAGGACAAGAGCGGCUUCAUCGAGGAGGAGGAGCUGGGAUCCAUCCUGAAGGGCUUCUCUGCAGACGCCAGGGACCUGUCUGCUAAAGAAACCAAGACGCUGCUGGCCGCUGGGGACAAGGAUGGGGACGGCAAGAUCGGGGUGGACGAAUUCUCCGCUCUGGUGGCCGAGAGCUAAGCGGCCCUGACUGCCCCGGGUCUCCCACCUCUCCGCCCCAAACCCCCCAUCUCAGCUCCUCUUGCUGCCCUCCUGCGUUUCUGUUCGGUUUGUUUAUGUUAUUUUUUACUCCUCCCUGCCCCCCUUUGGCCCUCGAAUGACACCAUUCUUCUGGAAAAUGCUAGAGAAACAAUAAAGGCUGUACCAAUUGGA